AUGGAGAAACGCGGGCGAGGCGGGAAGCCGUCUUCGAGUACCGCGUCUCAGCUGCAGCCGCCGCCGCCGCCGCCGCCGCCGCAGCCUCGGAGGGAGAGGAGGCCCAGCAUGUUCGAGAGGGAGGCAUAUACACAGAUUUUAAAAGAAAGACUGAGAGAUUCGAUUCAUGAUGUUCAGUAUGUAGAGCCUCCAUUUGAUGAUUCAAUUGCUGAUCUAGGUAAAGAAUGGAAGAGUGCCCUGGCAAAAUUAAAGUUUGCUAAUUCAUAUAGAAUGGAGCCAUUGAAAAAAUUCCAAGCUCAUUCAGUAGAAACUAAAGCCCAGCAGAUAUUAAAGGAAAGUCUUAAAGAUGUCAAAUAUGAUGAUAAAGUCUUCUCUCAUUUGUCACUUGAGUUAGCAGACCGCAUCUUGUCAGCAGUGAAAGAAUUUGGGUAUCACCGUUACAAGUUCAUUAUAAAAGUAUUAUUUAUUCAAAAGACUGGUCAGGCGAUAAAUAUUGCCAGCAGAUGGAUCUGGGAUGUUGCCUGGGACAGCUGGGUUGCGGUGAAACAGGAAACAGAAACGUAUGUCGCCUUGGCCCUGGUGUUUGCUCUCUAUUGUGAAUAGCUCACUACAAGUGAUGGGAGUGCUUGCUUCUCAACUUU